AUGCUUCGCACAGACCUUGACCGGAUGCAUGCUGACCAAGUGACUUCAUACGCUCCUGCUUCUAGCCUGAAGCUUCAGAGAGAUCGCAUCAAGCAAUAUCAAAAGAAGAUCCAAGUCGUCCUCGAUCGCGAACACGAGAUUGCUCGACAAUGCUUGGUCAAAGGUGACAAGACCAAGGCUUUGACCGCCUUGAGACGGCGGAAGUACCAGGAGAGCUUGAUUCAGAAGACCGAUUCUCAGCUGGAAACAUUGGAGGGUUUGGUUUCCUCGAUCGAGUUCUCACAAAUCCAGCAAAGCGUCAUGCUCGGCCUGCAACAAGGCAACGCAGUUCUCAAAGAGAUUCACAAGGAGAUGAACCCCGAAUCCGUCGAGAGACUGCUCGAAGAGACCGCCGAGGCGCAAGCAUACCAACGCGAGAUCGACGAGAUGCUGGCCACACAGAUGACCGCCGAAGAAGAAGACGCCGUUCAAUCUGAACUCGAGGCACUCGAGCGCGAAGCAGGCAUCAGAUCCGACGAGCCGCAAAAGACAGUCGUCUUGCCAUCAGCACCACAGACCGAACCGGUCACACAAGAGUCAGAGGCACAGCCGGAGCCACAACCGCAAAAAGCGCAACCCGCGGAGAGGCAAGCCGUACUGGCCUAG